UUCAAAGAUGCAUUCGCCUCACACGUUGAACACGCAAAAUGGGACAAGAUGAGAGUAACCAUGUGGUGUGGCCCACUUGAUAUUUGGAUCCGUGUUACUUUCGGUUUCAAGUCUGAAUAUGAGCUGUCACAAAUGAUGAACGUAGUGGAUGUCACACACAUCAUGGUGGGCCCCAUCUAGCUUUUGAAUCACGGGCUGCCUACAAAUUAAUAACUCCUACUACCUCGAGAUAGAGUGAGAGGCUGAAGAUGGUCCAUUGCAGUGGAAGCACGGCCAAGAUGCUGCAGAUCUUGGUACAGGUAGUCCGCGGGAGAUAUUUCAUGCUGUACGCGUCCACUCUCAUCCUCUCCACCACAGGUGCCGGUUACAUCUUCGGAAUCUACUCCGGCGUCAUCAAAUCAUCAAUGGCCUACAAUCAACAGACUCUCAAUACCCUCAGUUUCUGUAAAGAUCUCGGCUCCAACAUCGGCAUCCUCUCCGGCGUCAUCCACGAGAUAUCUCCACCGUCCAUUGUCCUCGCUAUCGGUGCUGCCAUGAACCUCUCUGGCUACCUCAUGAUCUGGCUAGCCGUGGCGGGCCACAUCGCUCAUCCUGCCGUCUGGCAGAUGUGUCUCUACAUGUUCAUCGCCGCCAAUUCUCAGUCAUUUGCCGGUGUGGGUGCGCUCGUCACCUGCGUCAAGAACUUCCCAGAGGACCGUGGUGUCGUCCUCGGCCUACUUAAAGGUGUGGUAGGCCUCAGUGGGGCCAUUUUCACACAGCUCUACCUUGCUUUCUAUGGCCAGGAUCCCAAAUCACUGAUACUCCUCAUCGCAUGGCUUCCGGUCGCAGUGUCCAUGCUCUUCCUCCCCACAAUUCGAAUCAUCAAAGCCGUCCGACGGACGGAUGAUAUCAAGAUCUUCUACUCUUUUCUCUACAUCACAGUCGCACUUGCCGGAUAUCUCAUGUUUAUAAUCAUAUUCGAGAACCGGUUUAAGGCACCGGAAUUCCGCGGUAGUGCUGCCAUAAUCAUCUUCAUGCUCUUCCUCCCUCUCGUCAUCGCAAUAAGAGAAGAUCUCAAAAGCCAAUCUCCAAAGAACAAUCCUCCUCUGGCGGUGCUAUCCGUCGAGACGCAAGAACCAUCGGCAAUAGCAAUUGCACCACCACCACUUUCAACUCCAUCCUCACGAAAGCAAUCUUGUUUUUCUUCAAUCAUCAACAUGUUGAAAGAUCCCGAGAGAGGUGAAGAUUACAACAUCCUACAGGCGAUUACGAGCAUCGACAUGCUAAUUAUCUUCUUUCUAAUAAUAUGCGGCCCCGGUGGAAAUCUUACAGCGAUUGACAACAUGGGUCAGAUUGGGGAAUCGUUAGGCUACACUAAUCGCGGCAUCAGCACUUUCGUAUCGCUCAUAAGCAUUUGGAAUUUUGCUGGGCGGGUGGCUACUGGCAUUGCAUCUGAGAUCUUCUUAUCAAGAUACAAAUUCCCUCGUCCAUUGAUGAUGACGAUAAUCCUUCUCAUCUCUUGUGUGGGCCACCUCUUGAUUGCAUUCCCCUGUCCAGGAUCUCUCUACGUGGCAUCAGUGAUCAUUGGAUUCUGUCUUGGAGCACAGUGGUCGUUGAUGUUCGUUAUCAUAUCUGAAUUGUUUGGGCUGAAAUACUAUGCGACGUUGUUCAGUGUCGCCGGAGCUGUUACACCGAUCGGAUCCUAUGUUCUGAAUGUCAGAGUCGCCGGACGUCUAUACGAUAGGGAGGCUUUGAAGCAAAGAGCAGUUGGCAGUGCAACGACGGGUGAUUUCACUUGCCUUGGAAAGCAGUGCUAUAAACUAUCGUUCAUCAUAAUUGCAGCUGUGACGUUCUUGGGAUCGAUGGUUUCAGUUGUUUUGGCCGUGCGAACGUGGAAAUUCUAUAAAGGUGAUAUCUAUGCAAGGUUCCGCAGUGAGACGACGGCGACGGCGGAGUCUGAGAUGAGCGUGGCCGGAAAUGAGAGAGAUGGGGAGAAGUAGGCUGGACUGAGCUGGCCCGAAGUUCAGACUAUUCUUAUAUGGGCUUUCGCACAGGUGGGCUCAGUACCUCUUGGCCGUAGGUUCCUGGACUUGGAUCCGUGGCUCAUGGAGCUGGAUUUGGACGCGUUUGGGUUGACCAUCAUGAAACUUGGAUUGAUGACUUGUCUGAGUCGGAAGUGAAUCGUCCGAGUCAACUCAGACUCGGUCACGUUUGAUCGAGUUUGGCAAAUUGAAUCGGAAUUAAGAAACUCUGCUGAGUCUCAACUCAACUCAGGUUCGAACCAGUCGGCAAGUGGCCCAGUCCGAAACCCAUGUUAUAAACAAGCAAGUGUGCUGACUCAAAGGGAGGCGUUUGGAUCUUAAGUUACUUAAAGAUAAACUAUGUAUGACUCAAGUAACUUAUCUUGAUUUCUACUUAUUAAGUAACUUCAAGUAAAAAAGUUAGUUAUAAUUGAUUGUAAACCAAACUUACUUAUCAGAAAAUAAGUUACUUGUAAAAAAGGCAGCUUAUUUAUCCAAACGGGCCCUGAAGAG